UGCAUUGGAUAAGGCCAAGAAGUAUCGUCACCACAAAACCCAAAACCAAUCUCCACGCAAAUAUCAAGCAAGACCCUGAACAAUGGGAGAAUGCCUUCGUUCUUCUUCAGGAAAUGGGCAGUGUCCAAUUGAGCUCAUCCCGUUUAGCUUCUUUGUCACUCACUCCCAGCUUCAACCAUCGCUCGCGCACUCCCCGAGGCCACCUCACACCUUUCAGGAGCCAAACGAGCUUCUCAAGAAGCAGCAGGAUCAGAGCAGUUGGAACCGUCCCCGAGAGCGACUCUGAAGCUGCAGCUCCGGAGGAGCCGCCGCACGUGAACUUUGCAUUUGUCAGUUCGGUUUUGCUUCCGGAUGGGACUCCGGACGUUCAUCUCCGCACGGCGUGUGGCGGGCAAAAACUGAGGGACAUCAUGUUGGAUUCCAACAUUGAGUUGUAUGGUCCCUAUGCUAGACCUUUGUUGAAUUGUGCUGGGGGAGGGACUUGUGCAACUUGUAUGGUUGAGGUUGUUCAAGGAAAAGAGCUACUGAACCCUCUCACGGACAAAGAGAAGGAAAAACUUAAAAAGAAGCCGAAAAAUUAUAGGCUUGCAUGUCAAACAACAGUUGGUAAACCAGAUUCUAGAGGGCUGGUCGUCAUACAACAAUUGCCUGAGUGGAAGGCUCAUGAAUGGAAAUAUGAGAAAGUGUUGCCUUCGUAGUCUUUAUGAUACACAUUUUGUAUGUAUGGCAUUGUGAAUGGACAGGCUCGAUUCUUUUUUUUAUAAGACUAUCAGAUAGUUCCUCACAAUCUAUUGUAUUAAAAUGAAUUUUCUGUUGCAGUUUAUAUGAUUUGGGUUCACAAGUC